ACUCAGUCUGAAAGUUCAGUGCAGACAGUGGUGUUGUCCAAACUAGAAAAAUGGGUACUUUAGCUGCUGACCCUUUUUCCCACUGAGACCAACACCACCUUGACCACACACAGUCACACACUAUCCGCUCUCUCUGAACUUCUUGGCCUUGGAAUUCUCAAUUCUUUCGCUGUACAUUUAAAUUUCCCUCCACCCUGAAAAAUAUAUGCGCUGAUUUAAGUACAGAAGCCAAGUGAAAGAUUCGAUCUUGGAGGUUCAAUGAUGGAGACGAACAAAUUCGCCAAGUGGGUUUUGGUGCUUUGCAUGGUGGUGGUUCUAGGUGCUGAGUUUGUCCAGUCCAGUGUGAGUUAUGACAGGAAAGCCAUCGUCAUCAAUGGGCAAAGAAGAAUUCUUAUCUCUGGUUCUAUACAUUAUCCCAGAAGCACUCCUGAGAUGUGGGAGGAUCUGAUAAACAAAGCUAAAGAUGGAGGCUUGGAUGUAAUUGAAACUUACGUCUUUUGGAAUGUUCACGAGCCUUCUUCUGGCAAUUAUAACUUUGAAGGUAGAUACGAUUUGGUGAGGUUCAUAAAGACCAUCCAGAAAGCAGGGCUUUAUGCUCAUCUUCGCAUUGGCCCAUACGUUUGUGCAGAAUGGAAUUUCGGAGGAUUUCCAGUUUGGCUGAAGUAUGUCCCAGGCAUUAGCUUCAGAACAGAUAAUGAGCCUUUCAAGAUGUACAUGCAACGGUUUACCGAGAAAAUUGUCAGACUGAUGAAGAGUGAAAAUCUGUUUGAGAGCCAGGGUGGCCCUAUCAUACUCUCUCAGAUUGAGAAUGAAUAUGGCCCCCAAGUUAAAGUACUUGGUGCUCCUGCUCAUCAGUAUAUGACUUGGGCUGCAAAUAUGGCUGUGGGACUAAAUACAGGGGUCCCCUGGGUCAUGUGCAAGGAAGAAGAUGCCCCAGAUCCAGUGAUAAACACGUGCAAUGGUUUCUAUUGUGAUUCUUUCACUCCCAACAAACCAUACAAACCAACAAUUUGGACUGAGGCUUGGAGCGGGUGGUUUACAGAGUUUGGAGGACCAGUUCACCAGAGGCCUGUUCAAGAUUUGGCAUUUGCAGUAGCCCGUUUCAUACAAAAGGGUGGAUCAUUUCUCAAUUAUUACAUGUACCAUGGAGGUACUAAUUUUGGAAGGUCUGCUGGAGGCCCAUUCAUCGCGACAAGCUAUGAUUAUGAUGCUCCACUUGAUGAAUAUGGGUUGAUCAGGCAACCAAAAUAUGGUCAUCUGAAAGAGCUUCAUAGGGCUAUCAAGCUAUCUGAACGAGCUUUAGUUUCAGCAGAUCCUACUGUUACCUCUUUGGGAAACCUUCAACAGGCUCAUGUAUUCUCUUCAGAAGCAGGAGAUUGUGCAGCUUUUCUUGCAAACUACGACACGAACUCUGCGGCAAGAGUGAUGUUCAAUAACAUGCAUUACUCUUUGCCCCCUUGGUCCAUCAGCAUCCUCCCUGAUUGCAGAAAUGUGGUUUUCAAUACGGCCAAAGUUGGAGUGCAAACAUCCCACAUGGAAAUGCAACCUAGCAAUAGUGAGAUGUUCUCAUGGGAAACAUUUAACGAGGACUUGACAUCAUCGGAUGACAGCUUAACGUUUACUGCUCCUGGACUUCUGGAGCAGAUAAAUGUUACUAGAGACACUACUGAUUAUCUUUGGUACAUUACUAGUGUCAACAUUGGUUCAUCUGAGUCCUUCCUGCGUGGGGGAGAGCUCCCAACUCUCAUUGUGGAAUCAACAGGUCAUACUUUGCAUGUCUUCAUCAAUGGGCAACUUUCAGGUUCUGCUUUUGGGACUAGGGAGAAUAGGCGAUUCACGUUUAAAGAAAAAGUCAAUCUUCAUGCUGGAACAAAUAAAAUUGCACUGCUUAGUGUGGCUGUUGGAUUGCCAAAUGUGGGAGGACAUUUUGAGACAUGGAACACUGGGAUACUGGGUCCUGUGGCAUUGCAUGGGCUUGAUCAAGGAAAAUGGGACUUGUCUUGGGCGAAAUGGACCUAUCAGGUGGGGCUUAAAGGAGAAUCUAUGAAUCUUGUUUCUCCAACCGGAAUUUCCUCUGUAGAGUGGAUGCAGGGUUCAUUAAUUGCACAAAAGCAGCAACCAUUAACUUGGCAUAAGGCUUAUUUUAAUGCACCUGACGGUGAUGAGCCAUUGGCUUUGGACAUGAGCAGUAUGGGCAAAGGCCAAGUGUGGAUUAAUGGCCAGAGUCUUGGAAGAUAUUGGACUGCAUAUGCCACCGGUAAUUGUAACGAAUGCAGUUACACUGGCACUUUCCGUCCUCCAAAGUGUCAACUUGGCUGCGGUCAACCAACUCAGCGAUGGUAUCAUGUGCCUAGGUCUUGGCUGAAACCAACGCAGAAUCUAGUGGUGCUUUUUGAAGAGCUUGGCGGAGAUCCCACAAGAAUUUCUCUUGUGAAGCGAACGGUGAGCUCUGUUUGUGCAGAUAUCACAGAAUAUCACCCCACCAUUAAGAAUUGGCACAUUGAGAGUUAUGGAAGAUCAGAAGAAUUUCACAAACCCAAAGUUCACCUACAUUGUGCGCCUGGCCAAUCUAUUUCCUCAAUCAAGUUUGCGAGCUUUGGGACUGCUAUGGGAACUUGUGGAAGCUUCCAGCAGGGAACUUGCCAUGCUCCUACAUCAUAUACCACAAUGGAGAGGAGGUGCCUAGGGCGACAAAGAUGCUCUGUGACCAUUUCGAAUAGCAACUUUGGGCAGGAUCCAUGCCCCAAGGUGUUGAAGCGGUUGUCAGUCGAAGCAAUCUGUUCUCCCAUGGGUUCUACACUUACUUAUCACAAUUAAUGAGGUGCAUAGCAAAAAUAGGAUCAAAUAUGCACCUAUAACUUAACAUGCAUGCUACACAGCAAGAGGAAAAGAGAGUGAGAAAGUAGUAGGAGAAUAAGUAGUCAUACACAGUGUGUUAAUAGUUAGAUUGAUUUAUUUUUCUGCAUUGAGGGUGAGAUUUCCCAUGCAUCAAUUGUGAAAAGUUGGUAGUUGGUUGUGGAGCAUCCCUUAAGGUAGUCAAUUCUAGGUAGGCAAGUUCAUAGUUUCCAGGAACUCCGAAGAGAGUUUCCCACGGAUUUCAGCCCUGAUCUCUUUCCCUUUUAGCCGGAAAUGGAACCAGGAAGCUGGUUUCUUUUUUAUCUGUGUCGUGCCAUUUCCCGAGUGCAAUUGUUAAGCUUGUUCGUGACGGUGGGGAAUGUUUAACCCCAACACAGGUUCAUGUUAGGAAGGGAUCCUAGUAUGGACUUUAAUGUUCUCUUUCCAAUUGUUCCCCUGUUCCAACUCUUCAAGACCGUCGGAUAUUGCUAUUGUGUCUUUACAA